AUGGAAGAGGGUCAAGUGGACUUCAGAGUGAACCAGGACAACAACAUCAUUGUAAGAUGGUUUGACAACAAAGCAGUGAACCUGAUUUCUUCAUUUGUGGGUAUUGAACCUGUGGGAAAUGUGAAACGCUGGGAUCGCAAAUCCAAAACUCACAUAAUGGUUCCCAGACCAGCCAUCGUUGAAGCAUAUAACAAGUUCAUGGGAGGCGUCGAUCUCCUUGAUAUGCUGUCUGCACUUUACAAAUUCAGCUUCAGAUCCCGAAGAUGGUACAUGUACAUCUGGUGGCACACUGUUACAGUGGCAGUCAUCAAUGCGUGGAACCUCUACAGAAGAGACCAGAAGAUGCUAGACCCCAAGAUGAAAACCAUGGCUCUGCGAAGGUUUCAAGCUUUGGUUGGUACUUCACUCACAAGUGCUGGAAAGGCUAAAAAGGUUGGCCGACCACUAUCCUGUCCAGAAGCAGCUCCAUCAGCACCCCGUAAAAGGUCAAGCUGCAGUGUGUCCCUGGAUGUCAGAAGGGAUGCCAUGGAUCAUUUUCCAACAUGGGAAACCCGACAAAGAUGCAAGCAUUGCACCAACAAUCACUUCUCACAUGUGUACUGUGAGAAGUGUAAGGUGCAUCUUUGCCUGAACAAAGACAGAAACUGCUUUCGUGACUACCACAAAGUGAAAUAAAAGGACUGGAAAAAAGAUCUAUGUAAAAAAAAAAAAGAGAAAAACUGCCUAAAAUGUUCUAUGUUUUCAAACUGUUAAAGGCAUAAUAGAUUUUUUGUAUCUAAAAUCUACACUGUUGUAAGCAAAACGUUCCCAAAAAGCCUGAUGUAUCAAAUGUGAUACAAAAAAUAUAUCAUAAACAAAAUGAGUUGGCAAUUUUUUUUUUUUUUUGAUU